AAAAAUAUGGUGCAGCUAACGCCAGAGGAAGAAUUAGAAAAACAAUAUCGAGAUUACAAAGCACAAUUCGAGCAGUGGAAGGAAAAGAAUAAGAAUUCGGUGGGUACAGAAGCUUACGACGCAUAUGUCAAGCAAUUUGAGGCUUGGGAACGAGAUGUUGAUCAGCGUCGUGAAAUGAUACGUGCUAAGGCAGAAAUUGAUGCCCAAGAAGCACAGGCUGCUGCACAAGCUAAAGCGAAAGCAGCAGCGGAAGCAAAACUGAAGAAAGAGCAAGAAGCCGAAGAGGAACGAAAGAAGAAACAACUAGAAGCUGAAACAGCAGCACAAGCGGUGGCUUAUGCACAGCAUCAACAAUCAUAUCUUGCACAUCAUCAGUCAGCGAUGCAACUCGAACAACAAAUGCAUCAGGCAGCUGUAGCAGGUUCGCAAGAAGCUGUAUCUGGUCAUGCAACAGAAUCGAAAAGUGUUGAUGAAGCCUUAGAUCCGACACACGUUGCCGAGAUGAUGAAACAUAUGGCACAAGUCGCACAAAUGGUUAUGAGUGACCAGCGAGAUAGUGCAUAUCAACAGGCGGCUCAACAGGCAACUGUAGCACAACAAGUAGUGCCACCUCCGCAAUUAUGGGGUAGUGAUCGAAUAACUUAUGAUACUAAUGAUCCCUUGUAUAAAAGAUGGGGAUUACGAGCAGCACCGCCUUACCACAAGCCAACUUACAAACCGCCUCCAUCGGAUUAUCAAGUAACGCCGUGCUGGUUGUAUGUAGAACAGAUGAAAGAAGAGAAACUUAUGCUUGCACCGCAAGUCAAUAUGCCGCCUCCACCAUUUGUACCUAACUUUGUCUCGUCCAUGGUAGCCGGAAUUGGUGUAAAAACAGUUCACUAUGGUACGGUGAUCACUCCGUGUGUUGUCAAAGAUAUCCUUGGAGCUUUGCCGAAGAAAGAAUUCCUUCUUUCCCCUCCAUCAUUAUUGGAUACACAGCAGAAAUUAUCAUAUCUUAAAACCAAUCAAUUUCUAGAAAAUAUAACAAAUGCUGAGAGUGGUCGUUACCCAUCAGUCUCGACUGUUCUAGGUUGUACAACUUCACAACAUUUACUUUAUCGAUGGCAAUUGAAAAUGAUCAAACAAUUGGGUGGUUUAGGUGCUUUCAAGAAAUAUAUGAGAGUUCGCAUGCAAUCGGGUACACAAUAUCACUGUUGCAUACAAAGAAUUUUGGAAGAACUUCGGAAGCGCGGCAGUUUUCCCGAUGAUGUUGCUGAACAAAUGACUUCCGAAGUCGACAGCUCUGUAGCGAGCUAUUUAAACAGUGUACUUCCUAUUUUACGCACACUUGAUAGCAAAAACAUGGAAUUGGAAAGACCUACAAGCCAUCACGGCCUUUGCUACAGCGGACGGUUCGAUGCUGCUGUCACCUACAAAGAUGCUCUCUUUUUGAUGGAUUGGAAAACAGCUUCGUCAGGUUCAACGAAAGAUGCAUGCACGGAGAUUGAAAAAAUGUACAACGAUCCGGUGCAAGUAGCUGCAUAUGUUGGUGCUGUUAAUUCAGAUCCAAAUUUCAAAAUGUUGCCAGAGAUUCGUUGCGGUGCAAUUGUUGUAGCGAAGGAAAAUGGUUCGAUAGCGGAUGUUGUGGAAAUGAAUUCAUGCCAUUUAGAAAUUUAUUGGAAUAAAUGGUUAGAUUGUGUUUGGCAAUUCUGGACGAAAAUGGAAACACUUUCUGCUGUAAAUAAUGUAAUUUCAUUUGUAUGGGACAGUGAAAAAAAGGGUCAUAUUAUAUCACAUUUAUCAAAACCGGGCGAUUGGUGUGUUCGUAGUUCAGGUACCAAUGCAAAACGUUUGCUAUUUGUCGUGACAAAAGUGGAUGAAAAAAAUGUGCGUGAAUUAAAGCUUGUUUAUAAGGAAAAUUUGAAAGGAUGGACAUUGGUGGACAUGACGAAUACGAAUAAAAAUGAUGAAUUGAUCACGUACGGAUCAAUUGUUGAACUUUUAUCCGGCGAAUCAAGUUUCUGCCAAAAAAUGAAUUUACGAAAUCCAAUUAAUCGUCCCAAUUAUCUGUUAAAUGAUGAAAAUUUAACGAUGACAGAUAUCAAAUUAGGCGAGGGACAUUAUGCGGAAGUAUUCAAAGGAACGCUAAAAAUUGGCACUGAAGAAAUUACUGUUGCGGUGAAACGUUGCUUACAAAUUGAUAAAGUUAGCAUCACUCGUGAACGACCUGCCGAGGAUUUCAUCAAGAUAAAGCUUGCGAAAUCGCAAAUGAUUGCUGAAGCUCGAUUAGUUUGCGACUUUAUGCAUGAGAAUAUCAUUAAAAUAUAUGGGGUAGCUUGUAAUUUUGCACCUGUUAAGGUUGUAAUGGAAUACUGUCCUGGUGGUUCGUUGAAAAAUUUACUUGUUAAACAUAAAGAAACAAUCAAAAAUGAAGAGCGAAAUAUAUUUUUGUAUGAAGCGGCUAAAGCACUGCGACAUCUUCAACUCAAAAAAUGUGUCCACAGGUGGGAUGUUGCUGCCAGAAAUUGUUUGAUUGGAAUUAAUGGUUCACUGAAACUAUCCGAUUUUGGUUUAAGCAAACGUUUGGAAGAUUUGAAAAAUUUGUCCAGUGAUGAUAAAAAUAUCGCUUGGCCAAUACCAUGGAUGGCACCGGAAACACUAUCAAGGAGGCCAAAGUUUACAACAAAGAGUGAUGUUUACGCAUUUGGAGUUUUAAUUUAUGAGGUCUAUUCAUGCGGUGGCAAGCCAUGGCCUGAUAUUGCUACGGUUCAGGAUAUAAUACCACUUGUGAGAGAAGGAAAGAUCAUGGCCACACCAUCAUUAUUAAAUGACAAAAAUGUCAAAGAGAUUAUGCAUCAAUGUUGGAAACGAAAAGCCGUGCAGAGGCCUGAUUUUAUCGAAAUUGUGAAAAGGCUUCGUACGGUGCUGCAAUCACAAAAGUUACUCACAGGACAAGAACGUAUUAUAAAUAUGAUAGAUGGGAUUGAUUCAUCGAAAAAUUCAAUCAAUUUGGAGGAGAAGUCACCGGAUAGUGUGUUAGCAAAACGGCGUGAAAUGGAUGAUAAAGCAACUCAAAAACUACGAGAAACAACCGAAGAAACAAGUGCAAUAUUAACAAGAGGUGAAGCUCGAGCUUCUGCUCCCACUCUAGAGAUAUACAAACGGAAUCUGGAAGCCAAGGAACGGAAAUCCUCAGUGGUACGAGCAACAGCAUCGGAUGAAAUUGGAAAAUGGAAUCGACGAAGUUCACUGCCAACAUCGGUUAAGCAUAGCACAUCUUCAGAUGUAUCCUCCAGUAGACAUUCUCGAAAAUGGAAAAAAUCGUUGGCAUUCAGGCGUAAAACUCGACUUCACCGAUAUAAAAAUCGAAAUAAAUAA